UCUUUCGUUCCCCUUUCCGCCGUGCCUCCCACUAAACCCUAGAUCUCUCUCUCUAGAAUGCCGACGCCUUCGGCUCUCAGCAAGCGCGGCGGCGACGGCGGGGACGGCAUCCUGGCCGCCCUCUCCCGUUCGCAGGUGGCGGCGCACGGGCGAGAGGCGGCGGCCGUGGCGAAGAAGCUGCUGCGGAGCACGGGGAAGGCGGCGUGGAUCGCGGGGACAACCUUCCUGGUGCUGGUGGUGCCGCUGAUCAUCGAGAUGGACCGGGAGCAGCAGCUCAACGACCUCGAGCUGCAGCAGCAGACGCUUCUGGGCGGGGCCCCGCCGCCGCCGCCGACCAAGUAGAUAGAUCCGUGCAUCGACCCUUUCGUCCCCCCCCCCCUCUCCCUCUCUAGAGGUAUCUGUUACUAUCAAGUUCAUCAUUCGAGUUACUAUCAAGUUCAUCAUUCGAGUUACUAUCAAGUUCAUCAUUCGAGUCGAGUUGAGGCUAAGGGAGUUACCGAGUCGACCUGUUGUCGGUUGGUCGUAAUCAAAGAGGUCAAAACUGCUUUGUUGAUGUUCGUUCUCGAUGCAACACUAGUUUAGUUUCCCUUCCAUCAAUUGAAACGGAUUGAUCAGAUAAGUUGAGCUCGUUCGCUGCUGCUGCUGCUGCUGCCAGGCGCUGCGAUCCGCUGCCUGCGUUUUUGCACGCUGCAGCUUGUUCUUCCUAUACCUGCCUGUGUUAGCGUUUUUAAUGAAUAAAUAUACUUCUUGCUGUUAU